AUGGGUGACGAAGGUUCUCUAGGAAUUGAAGGCGCUCGGAGGCGCAUUGAAGAAAUGAAACGUCGAAGACAAGAACACAAGCAUUCGACUGGAGAUACAACUCCCAAUUUGCAUUCACCAGUAUUACCCAUCGAACCAGUAUCAAGAAGGACAUCUUCAUCUAUUAAUUCGGAUGACGUAAUGGUAUCCAUGCUCAAGCAAGAGAUUGCCAAACUUAAUGAUAUUAUUGUUGCCCAUGAAAUUACCAUACUGAAACAAGUGACGGAAUUGAAGAAACAAGAGUCGAUCAUUAAUGAACUAAAGAAUGACAAUAGAGACUUGCUUUUAGUUAAAAUGGAAUUGGAUGAGAGAAUAAUGGAUCUAGAGACCGAAUUGACGACGUCAAAGACUCUAAAGAAACCCAUUGAGGAUUCUGAAGAUUCCAAGGUGGUACCUGAAGACCAAGCUGUACCUGUUGAAGUUGAUACAGCAGUUGAAGAAGUAGAGGAAUCAUUAAAAGAUGAGUUUGUUGAUGAUUCCGUUAAUCAACAGCAAGAAAAUUCAGUUCCAGAUAAUGUAACUUCUUCAUCUCCACCUUUGUUUUCGCAAGAGACCGAAAUAGGUGAACCACCUGAACUUAGCGAGUCUAACAAACCAUUGAUCGAAGAAGUAGAAAUACAAAAUGCUUUAGAAUUAAACGAAGAUAAUGGUAAAGAGAUGGAAUCGCCGCAUAUUGAAGAAGCAGUUGAAUCUGAAUCUCAGGGAGGUAAACUGGAGGACGAUCCCCAAACUCAGACUGUUCAAAGGGAAAAGCUUCUAGAGCUUUUCAUGGACGAUCCACUUCUUGAUAGCGACUUAUUGGAUGAUGAGCUUCUAGAUUCGGAUGGAAUCAAUGACGAAGAAACGCUCCCAGAGGAUGAUGUUCAUAAAGAACGGAAAGAACGCCCUACAACUGAACAAGAUGAAACUGGGGCCUCAGAAGAACAUAACAAUCUGAACAUGGAAGUAGUGCUUGAUAUAGAAGAGACAAUACCUGAGUUAAAGUUGGAUGAAGAUAAAGGAAAUAUCAAACAAGAAAUUACUAAUAGCGAAAGUUCUUCAAGUAACAUAUUUGAGGAGAUAGCAACUCCUGGUUUGAAAAUAGGAGAGCUUGCUCCAGAAGUGACUGAGCCCAUAAUUUUGGAGUUAUUGGAAGAAGAGAGUGCACUAGAAAAUCAUGUUUCCAGUGGAGUGCUUGAUGUACAAGAUAAUAAUCAAACAAAAGACGAAAAUGAUUCUAAAGCUAAGACUGGAGCUGAUAUCCAAAUAACAACACCACCAGCUGAGGAUUUAAAUGCGGGAGUGGGAGCCAUUGACGAACACCAAGAAGUAGAUCCCAAAGAUCUUUCUAAAUCAAAUACAACUGAAGAAGUUCAUACUGAAGAAGACACAUUUGAAGUUUCUAAGGUAACUGAUGAUACUUCUUCUAAUGAACAAUCAGAUUCCAUUGAUCACGAAAUUGAUCUCAAUGAUACUGUGAAUGAUCUCAAUGAUACUGUGAAUGAUAAGGAACACGAAUCUGAUUCAAUGAUUGAUGAUGUAAAUGAACUUGAUCUCAAUGAUGUAGUGGACGAAGACGAUCAUCAUAUUACUGCAAUCUCUCAAGAAGAUGUGGAAAUAACAGAUAAAACUGAUCUUCUGCCAGAAGUAACUGAAAUCGAGAGUUUUACCAAAAUCAGAGAAGGCAACGAGCUGUCAAAGAGUCAACAAGUUGCACUUGGACUUGCAAAGGACAUCAGCAAUGACUUCGAAGAUCUCAGCUUCAAGACUCAAGUUACCUUGCCUUCAACAGCAAACACUGAUAUGCCAAAGGAGGAUAUGAUUGAGUCAGACUUUUUGAAAUCAUUAAAGUCUACCGAAUUCAAACCAGAUGACAGACAACCAUUGUAUGAAUCAGCAUACAAUCCAUAUCAACAUGUUCCUGAAGAUUCACCUUAUGAUCAUUCUGUAUAUCAAGAUUCACAAUAUUUCGAGGAGCCCAAAGAACAUAUGUCUGUGGUUGAUGUUGGCGAGACUCAGUUAAAAGACGUUAUGGAAUCUGAAUUACUUCCUAAGGAGGUCGAUGUCGUGGCACUGGAUGCUCCAAUUGAAGAGCAUACGAAAACAGAAAACAACCUUGAAGAAGAGAAUCCAGAAGCACAUGCUUUUCUUGAAGAGACCCUCGUGGAAGCGGAGAAGGAAGAAGUCCAGGUUGAAGUAGACUCCCCAGUGGAACAUAAUGUGAAUGAACAAACCGCUUUUGAACCAUUGACAGAAAGUAUUACUGAUGAACCACCAUCUGAAACAGAUAAACCUGAGAGUUCAUCCGAGGAUGAUUUAAGCAAGAAUGAAUCAAAUAGAGAUAUUUUAUCAACAGAUCCCGCUGGUGAGGACGAAGAAGAAGACUUACCAGCUUCUAGCAUUGAUGUCACUACAACUUACACUGUUGGAUUGAACCGUCACACAUCUAAUUUGAAACCACCUAUUAUGGAUUCCAUUAAUACUACACCAGCUUCUAGUCCAGAUGCUGUUUCCAUAAAGAGUAAGCCUAUUUCAACCCCCAUCUUAUCCCCACCACCACCAAUUCGGUCACCUGAUAGACCAAUUAAACCCCCAAUUACGUUGAAUGAGUACCUACCAAGAGGAUCAGUGGAAAUACCUCAGACUUCGGACUUUAGAGAUAACUUAAAGAGAUGGAAAGGCUGGCAAGUUAAUAUGAUAAACUGGAAUAUCUCUUCACCCAGAGUGGCUCUUUAA